ACAGAGAGGGAGAGACACCCGCAUCCAUUUUUCUCUGCUCAAGAAGCUUCCACCCUGCGUGUGGGGUCUGAGGGAUCGACCUGGGUCUUUGCCGUUUGCAACACACCACCCAGCUCCUGGCAGGAAGCUUUUCGGCAAGCAUGAGUUGACUGGACAUAAAGUUGCCGUGAAGAUACUCAAUCGACAAAAGAUCCGAAGCCUCGACGUGGUAGGAAAGAUCCGCAGGGAGAUUCAGAACCUGAAGCUCUUCAGACAUCCGCAUAUAAUCAAGCUGUACCAGGUCAUCAGCACGCCGUCUGACAUCUUCAUGGUGAUGGAGCAUGUCUCGGGAGGAGAGCUCUUUGAUCAUAUCUGUAAGAAUGGCAGGCUGGAUGAAAAGGAGAGUCGACGUCUGUUUCAGCAAAUCCUUUCUGGCGUGGACUACUGCCACCGGCACAUGGUGGUUCACAGAGACCUGAAGCCCGAGAAUGUCCUGCUGGACGCCCACAUGAACGCUAAGAUCGCUGACUUCGGCCUCUCAAACAUGAUGUCAGACGGAGAGUUCUUACGGACCAGCUGUGGUUCCCCCAACUAUGCGGCCCCAGAAGUCAUCUCAGGAAGGUUGUACGCGGGCCCAGAGGUGGACAUCUGGAGCAGCGGGGUCAUCCUGUACGCCCUGCUCUGCGGGACGCUGCCCUUUGACGACGACCACGUGCCCACCCUGUUUAAGAAGAUCUGCGACGGCGUCUUCUACACCCCCCAGUACCUCAACCCCUCCGUCACCAGCCUGCUGAAGCACAUGCUGCAGGUGGACCCCAUGAAGAGGGCGACGGUCAGGGACAUCAGGGAACAUGAGUGGUUUAAACAAGACCUUCCAAAAUAUCUCUUUCCCGAGGACCCAUCAUACAGUUCGACCAUGAUUGACGACGAAGCCUUAAAGGAAGUCUGCGAGAAGUUCGAAUGCUCGGAAGAGGAGGUUCUCAGCUGCCUUUAUAACAGAAACCACCAGGACCCCUUGGCGGUGGCCUACCACCUCAUCAUCGACAACAGGAGGAUCAUGAACGAGGCCAAAGACUUCUACCUGGCCACCAGCCCGCCGGACUCCUUCCUCGACGACCACCACCUGGCCCGGCCCCAUCCCGAGAGGGUACCCUUCUUGGUCGCCGAGACACCGAGGGCUCGCCACACCCUGGAUGAAUUAAACCCGCAGAAAUCCAAACACCAAGGGGUGAGGAAAGCGAAGUGGCAUCUAGGGAUCCGGAGUCAGAGCCGGCCGAGUGACAUCAUGACUGAAGUCUGCAGGGCCAUCAAGCAGCUGGGCUACGAAUGGAAGGUUGUAAACCCGUAUUACUUGCGUGUCCGAAGGAAGAAUCCUGUGACGAGCACUUACUCUAAAAUGAACCUACAGUUAUACCAAGUGGAUAGUCGGACAUACUUGCUGGAUUUCCGAAGCAUAGAUGAUGAAAUCACUGAAGCCAAAUCAGGGACCGCUACGCCGCAGAGGUCCGGAUCAGUCAGCAACUACCGAUCUUGCCAAAGGAGUGACUCGGAGGCCGAGGCUCCAGGAAGGCCCUCAGAGGUUCCUCUGACCUCGUCUGUGACUGGACUGUCACUGGACUCCUCUCCUGUUGACUCAGCUCCAAGGCCAGGAAGUCACACGAUAGAAUUCUUUGAGAUGUGUGCGAAUCUAAUUAAAAUUCUCGCACAGUAAACCUAAAACUUGGCUUAUGCCCUCGACAGCAAUAAGCAUGCGAAACAAGUCACAGCCAAGUGCUUCCACCUGUAGUCACGUGACACGUACCUCUACCUGCGGGCCAGCCUUUGGGAAUGCAGCUCGCACGGGGACUGGAACAUGCUUCCUAGUUAAAAGCCUCCCAUGCAAACAUGAUGAUUUUGUUGUUUGUGUGGUGGGCGUACAGCCUAACAUAAUACGCACAGUGAGCUCUGCGUCUCUCAGGCUUCCUUGGUCUCUGGUCAGUUUUGUAUUUAGUGUACACAGGGCUUUGUAGAAUAUUAAUUUACCAUAAAGGCCUUCACAUAUUAUUUCACACUGAUAUGUUCUAUAUAUAUUUCAUAAACUUAUGUAAUAAAUAUUUGCUUGGAAUUCCCAGA